AAGGAGGAGAAGAAGGAGACUGGGAGGAGGGGAGGAGGGGUGUUCUCAGCAGGGACUUUCCUCCAUUCCCCUACAGAAGAAGUUUGAAACACAGGAGGAAGUAUGCGGAGCUGUGCGCGGCGGUGUGGCCGCGGCAGCGUCCCCCUCCCGGGGAUACUUCUCCUAAUCCCUCCGUUUCUCCUCGCGCUCCAGCUGCUCGGCGUCGGGCCGCGGUCACCGCGAGCCACGGGGGCGCAGGGGGAGCAGGAGGUGGCCUUCUCCGUUAUCAACAUCGAGCCGGAGAGGAGCCCACGCCAACGAGGGUUCCCGUCCCGGCGUCCGGGGUUAGAGGAGGAGGAGGAGGAGGAGGUGGGGGAGGAGGGAGAGGCCGAGGAUGGGGAGAGAAGGAAGCUCGCACGAACGUAUGAGGAUGAGAACGAGAUGCACGCGCGCCAGAUAGGAUCCAGAGCACUGGAGGUGCAGCCAUGGGCGGCAGACGGGCCGUCCUUCACAGCAGAACUCAAUCGUCUCAUCACGUAUGUCACCAGGCCACAGCUGAACUGCUCCAGGGUUUUGUCUCCAGGUCAGGCUCAGGCAGCCCAGGCCCCCGCUGAUUCAACCCACUGGCUGCUGUGCGCUGAGGAAUGGCUCCUUCCAGCAGCAGAUACGCCGUGUGUUGCAUACUCCUUUAGUAUGGAUGGGUUGGACGCCGAUUUUCUCAAGACUGUUACAGGGCUGGGAUGUGAAGUCCACAGUUUUGAUCCCAGCAGCUCCCGUGCAUCUGGUGGUUACCGUGGCAACAGUUUGGCCAGCAACCAUGGUGAUGGAGGCGUGGUCAGCCAGCACAAGAUGUGGCUGGAGUGGCGAGCUCCAAGGAAGCGCAAGCCGAAUUCAAGAAGCAACCUGGGUAGUGUUUCUCAAACACUAGCAGACAUCAUGGCAUCUCUGGGACAUCACACAGUGCAUUUCCUGUAUGCAGACCUGCUAAGUGCUGAGUGGCGAGUUUUCCAGAACUGGAUCGAGUUGGGAACUCUGCAGAGUGUUCAUCAUCUGGUUGUCCAGGUUCAUCUGCAAUGGGCCGGGUUUGAGGUGGGCGGAACCAACGAGGAAGUGCUGCGCUAUUGGUUCAGUGUCCUACGGGGUCUCCAAGCUUCUGGACUCCAGCUGGUCCACAGCUCUGCAGGAGAGGGGCACAGUGUCCUGAAACAGACAGUAGAAAAUAUACACAGCUCCUACAUACUCAGUUGGGUCAACACAGGAUGACGACACAUGACUGAACUCAAGUGUACACCUAUGGUCUAACAUUUUGGACGGCCUCAAACAAGAAAGUAAAGGUUGAUUUCCAAAUAGUUGGGACCUCCUCCCAAGUCAUUUCAGGCAAACACAGUUAACAUGACGUCUCCCUCUCAUGGAGAUGUAAGGAACUGCCUUUGAGUGACUCCACUGGAAGACGAAAUACUGUUGUGACUGUCAAAGAACUUGACCCAAUAUGGAGCAGAAGGUGGGCUUUCUGAUUUAACUUGGCAACAGCGCAACGACGUAAUAAUUCUCGUUUUGAGAUAUCAACAGCUGUCUGGCAGGUGCCAACACAUUUUUAGUUUUUUUUUCAGACUUUAUCAGUGUAAUGUAUUGCAUCACAAUGCGAUCCUUUUUGGAUCGAUUCUAUUCACCUGAACUUUGAGUGUACGGCACAUUAUUUAAUGUAUUGUGUAUCACUUAUAGGCCAUAAAUGCUACAAUGUGCAAUUGUUCUUUGCAUUGAGGCUUUCAUUUUAGCAAAGCGUAUUGGUGAAAGAAACGUAUUAACAUGCUUUGUUGCCACAAUAAAAUACGUAAUAAAGC